UUUUUUAAGUUCUCCAAUUUUUGACAAUUUGACAUUGUUAAUUUGAUUAAUGAACCUAGAUGUUCCCACAGAGAUUAAAGUUUCUCUAGAUAUAUAUCUAUGGAAUUUUCAGUAAUUACCAUAGACUUAAAAUAAUAAUAAUGUUAUUAUUAUAUCUAUGGGAAAUUGGGAAAACCAGUAACGUUGAAUGAAAACGUACGCUGAUGUCAUCUGUCUGUCAGUCUGUGUAUGACAGAUUUUUCUAUGGCUACAACAAAAUAUGUGAAACAAUAGUUUCUCUAAUUUCAGAUUCAAACAAUUUUCGAUGUAGUUGUACGAAAAAAUUUUUAAAAGAAUCUUUUGUACUUGUUUAAGAGUUUUUGAUACAGACAUUUUUUAGGCAUUUCUAGGUUAGGAAAAAUAAUAUGUAUUAACUGCAUGUAAAUACCAAAGUUAUGACAGUAUACAAUCCAUUAAUUACAAGUGUGAAUCAAAAUCAGUAAAAUGGAAACUAAUUACGUUCUUAUUAAAGAUAUGAGACCAGGUCUCAAAAAUAUAAAUGUAAUAUUCAUAGUGCUUGAAAUAGGCCAUCCAACUGUUACAAAAGAAAACAGAGAGGUAAGAACAUUUAAAGUAGCAGAUGGAAGUGCAUGUAUAAACGCAAGUAUUUGGGACGAAGCUGGACAAUUACUUAUGCCAGGUGAUAUUGUGUUAUUGACCAAAGGCUAUGUUAACGUGUGGAGAAACUGUCUUACUUUAUAUAUUUCUAAAGGAGGAGAUUUACAGAAAAUUGGUGAAUUUUGUAUGGUGUUUAACGAACAACUGAACAUGAGUGAAGUGAAUCCAGCUCUUACGCCUAUGGCUCCAAUGUGCGGACCACCAAAUAAUUUGCCUUUGAACAAUGGGACUAAUAAUGGUGCUGGAAGAGUGGGACCUCCAGUUGUAGUAGCCCCAACUCCUCCAAAUCAACCAGUGCUCAACAACACAAAUGCAUCUCUGAAGCUUCCGACAGCAAACAAUACCAAUCGAGUCACGGGUAAUGGACCACCAGGUGGAGAUAAUAAAAGAAAACGAGGAGGUAGAGGGACACAUCCUAAGAAUAAUAAACACAGUAGGAGUAAUUGAGUUUGUAAUAAUAUCAAAGGAAAUAGAUCUUGUUAUCAAAUGUU